UUCCUACUAAUUGUCCCCCGUAUGUAUCUGCUCGUGCUACGCUUUUCCGGACAGAUCGAGGCCUUGCGAUAUUAUUAUUGUUUAUAAUCCCGUCUUUUCUUUUCUUUUCCUUUCUCCUCCCCCGUCUUUCGAUCCUUGCCCGUGGCGCCCAGCUCAGCUCCUUCAAUCUGUGUGCUUCCCCGCCACUGUUGGUGCUUGGUCCUUUGUCGCCUUGCCUAUCUGUGCUGCAGAUACUCUUCCCCACCUUCGCACUGGAGGAGUUGUUGAACGAUGCUGGGUCGUUGUCCGGGGCCAAUAUGGCAGGUUGACGAUAUAACCAACUGCGUGCAACGCGAUUUUCUGAAAGUCCUUUUCCCAUUAAUCGUCGUUGGGUUCUCGUUAUCCACCCUCUUAUUACAAGCUAUCCGCCGAAACGUCAAGUUAAAACGGAGCUCCAAAUACCAGCCGCUCGCAAGUGGACCAGAUUUCAAUGGAUUGCCUGGACCUCAUGGCGGUGCUGGAGAGAUCCCUGGGCAUUCCGACGCCGUGGCAGAUGAGCGGGAGGAGGUCGAAGAUGAGGGUUUGUCCAUGAACGGGGGUCGAUUGGCAUUAGCCAAGACGACGACGGCGGGAUCCCUUGCGGCGAUUGAUAGCCCAAGAGGCCAAAAUACGAUGGUGGUCAUAGAACUGCUUGCAAUUACCGCGGUGGUGGCGAUCAAUGUCGCAGCAUUGGUAUUGCAUGCAUAUGGGCCCAAGGGGACACUGGCCGCCGCAACGGGUGUUGUUACGUGGACAUACAUCCUGAUUCUCGCAGUUUGCAGAUUAUCACUAUCUCAUACACGCUGGAGAAUCCCGAGGUUAUGGAAUCACACAGCGUCUCUAUACACUCUGAUCUGGAUAUUCUCUCUUGUCAUAUUCCGAUCUGCCAUCAUUCACCCACGUUCGAAGGUCGCACAGGUCCUGCUCAUCACUGAAUUCGGUCUAACCUCGCUCCUUUUUGGCAUUGCAAUUACUACGCGGAAGGGGAACAAGGCCGUUGUGUUGGAGUGGGAGGGGGAUAUAGAACCGUCUAGGGAACCUCUUGCAAGUUUGUUUUCCAUCGCCACUUUUUCCUGGGUGGAUGCCAUCGUUUGGCAAGGCUACAGGAAAACUUUCGAACUCCCAGAUGUCUGGAACCUGGUACCAAAGGAUAAGGCGGCGGCGGUUCUCUCCGACUAUCGACAACUGAAAAAGACGACGGCCCUGGCAUGGCACCUUAUGCGAUACUUCCGUUCAAAUCUCAUCAUCCAAUGCUUAUAUGCCGUAUUCUCUGGCCUUUUUACUUUCGCUCCGACGCUCUUGUUGAAGUCAAUCCUCGAGUAUAUAGAGGAUCCCGAGACAGCACCACGGAACGUCAUUUGGCUUUAUGUGAUACUGCUUGCCUUUACAGAUAUUCUCCGCUCACUCGCUGAUCAGCAGGCACUUUGGAUUGGCCGGAAGAUUUGUAUAAGAUUGAGGGCAAUUAUCAUUGGCGAGAUUUAUGCCAAAGCUCUCCGACGAAAAGCUGCAGCUGCAGGCGAUACUGUAUUGGGAGACAAGAAAGACAAGAAAGACAAAGAUGCUGCUGCGAAACCCAGCAAGCUCAAGGGGCUACUGGGAUUUGGUGGCAAAGCGAAAGGCAAAGCGAAAAAAGCUACUUCAAACACCACGACUGCUGCAGAUGCCGCAGAUCCUACCGAGAAGGGUACAGAUGAACAGGCAAACGUUGGGACGAUCAUCAAUCUCAUGUCUGUCGACUCAUUCAAAGUUAGUGAGAUCACGGCAUAUCUACAUUUCCUUUUUGCCGCCGCGCCUACCCAACUGGUUGUUGCUAUCUAUCUUCUCUAUCGGAUCCUUGGUCUGAGUAGUAUCCCUGGGCUGGUUGUAAUGGCUAUCCUCCUUCCCGUUAAUAUUGCAUUCGCACGCGGAUUCGGGGGCUUUCAGAAGCAAAUAAUGGCAGCAACGGAUAAGAGAAUUCACACGACCAACGAGGUUUUGCAAAAUAUUCGAAUCAUCAAGUUUUUUGCCUGGGAGCAUCGCUUCAGCAAGAUCGUAAAUGAUAAACGGGCCGCCGAGCUGAAAGCAUUGCGGCACAAAUACAUCCUCUGGGCCUUUGCGGUAGCUGUGUGGAACACCGUACCAGUCCUUAUAACCUUCUUCUCAUUCCUCGUAUACACUGUUGUGGAGAAGAAGCCACUCUACCCUUCUAUUGCAUUUACGGCCAUAUCACUUUUUAGCAUCCUCCGUGUACCCUUGGAUCAGCUUGGCGACAUGAUCGCCCAUGUCCAAGAGUCCAAAGUCUCGAUCGAUCGUGUGGAAGAGUUCUUGGAUGAGGAAGAGACCGAGAAAUACGGACAACUUCGACAUGGCAGUCUUGAUGAAGAUGGCAGCAGAAUGAUUGGUUUCAAGGGCGCUACUUUCUCCUGGGGAGGCAAAGGAGUAUCGGAAGAAGAUGGAAACACAUCAUUCCGCCUCAUGGAUCUGGACAUCAAAUUUGAGAUUGGCGAAUUGAACAUCAUCGCGGGGCCUACUGGGUCGGGUAAGACGUCUCUUUUGAUGGCGCUCUUGGGUGAGAUGACCCUUGUCAGAGGAAAGGUAUUUUUGCCUGGUGGCUACAGUCGCGAAGACGUGUUUCCCGAUCCGGAGACUGGCUUGACUGAAACUGUUGCCUAUUGUGCCCAGCAGCCAUGGCUCGUAAACGCCAAUAUUAAGGACAAUAUCCUUUUUGCUGCACCAUUUGAUGAGGGGAGGUAUAGGGAUGUCAUUGUUGCUUGCGCUUUGGAACGUGAUCUGGAGAUUCUAGACGCCGGUGACCAGACUCUCGUCGGUGAAAAGGGUAUCACGCUAUCGGGAGGCCAAAAGCAACGCGUAUCCCUUGCAAGAGCUCUCUAUUCGAACUCGAGACAUGUGCUUCUUGACGACUGUCUGAGUGCAGUCGAUGCCCAUACAGCAAAGUGGAUCUUCGAUAACUGUAUCCGCGGGCCGCUCAUGCAGGGUCGUACUUGCAUAUUAGUAACACAUAAUCUAGCUCUCUGUGUACCCCAAUCUCGUUACGUUGUCUACCUUGAUAACGGCAAGGUAGAUAUCCAGGGAUCAGCCGAGGAAGUGAUGGCAUCAGGCAAACUUGGGGAGGAUGUUAACAAAUCACGGCCCGGAUCUGCCCCUGCCUCCCGAAUACCUUCUCGAACACCUUCAACUGUUGGUGAUGAAAGUGGAGCGACUCUCAUCGAUGAUGCUGAGGCUCCAAACAAUGGUGGCACGCUCGAUAAAAAGCAGUCUAAAGUCAAAAGUGCCGAUAGAGGCGAGAAGAAGGAUGCCAUGAAGGAAACCAAAGCUGAAGGCGGCCUCAAAUGGACUGUAGUUAUUCUCUAUUUGAAAUCCAUGGGCCCUUGGUGGUUCUGGGUUCUCGCAGUACUAGUGUUUGGAGUACAGCAGAUCGGAAGUCUUUCUGCCAACGUUUGGAUACGACAAUGGGCCAAUCAAUACAAUACGGAGUCCAUCAGUAGUUAUCAUGGUCUAUCAGCUGAUAGCUAUGUUGGUAACGUGAUCGCGACAGUUCAGGUGGCAGGCCCCAGAUUAUCCAAGGUCCAGCCGUAUUUCGAUCCCAACAAGACCUCAAUCCUCGCAAAAAUUGCCCCUAACGUCGACGUCGGAUACUACCUUACUAUCUAUGCCUUGAUCGGGGUUUCAUGCAUGUUAGUAGCGCUCUUCAGGGAUUUCUGGCUAUUCUUUGGCUCCCUGACAGCCAGUUGGAAGCUCCAUAAACGUUUGAUGGAAUCUGUUACUCGGGCGAAAUUCAAGUUCUUUGACGCCACCCCUCUGGGUCAGCUCAUGAAUCGUUUCAGCAAAGAUCUAGAAGCGGUCGACCAGGAGGUAGCUCCAGUGGCUAUUGGCGUUAUGUCAUGUGCCUUGGCAAUUAUUGUGACGAUUGCCUUGAUCUCUGUUAUCACGCCUGGAUUCCUCAUUGCUGGUGUCUUUAUCAGCGCUUUGUACUUCUUUGUUGGGAGGUUCUAUCUCCGAUCUUCAAGAGAUCUCAAGAGACUGGAAUCUGUUCAAAGAAGUCCACUAUUCCAACAGUUCGGUGAGACUCUUAGUGGUAUCACCACCAUCCGAGCAUAUGGGGAUGAGAAACGAUUUAUCCGAGACAACAUGCUGAGGAUCAACACCCACAACAGGCCUUUUAUCUAUCUGUGGGCAGCCAAUCGAUGGCUUUCCUUCCGUAUCGACGUUAUCGGUGAUCUCGUGGCAUUUUUUGCAGGGGCUUUCGUAGUCCUGAGUAUAGGACGUAUCGACGCCGGCUCCGCUGGUCUAUCAUUGAGUUACGCGAUUAGCUUCACAGAGAAUGUGCUUUGGCUCGUGCGAUUAUACGCCGUGAACGAACAAAACAUGAACUCGGUAGAGCGUAUUAAGGAGUAUCUUGACGUCGAGCAAGAGGCCGCUCCUGUCAUUGAAGAAACGAGACCUGCCGCCAAUUGGCCAAGUCAGGGAUCUGUCGAGUUCAUUGAUUACACCACAAGAUACAGAUCGGAUUUGGAUCCGGUGCUGCGGAACGUCAGCUUCAAGAUCAAGCCGCGGGAGAAAGUUGGAAUUGUCGGCCGUACUGGUGCUGGCAAGAGCUCGCUUGCUCUUGCACUGUUCCGUGGUCUAGAAGCGGAAACGGGCAAGAUAUUAAUUGAUGAUGUCGAUAUUGGUCUUAUUGGUCUUCAGGAUCUUCGAGAAUCGAUCACCAUCGUUCCUCAAGAUCCAACACUUUUUACAGGUACUAUUCGAAGCAAUCUUGAUCCAUUCGACCUCUUCACAGACGAGGACAUCUUUACCGCCUUGCGUAGAGUCCAACUGAUCGGGCCUGCAUCUCGGCCGGAAACACCCAACCUGCCCACAACCGAUUCGAUGAACGGAACUACAACACCAACAACAACAACAAACAAGAACAUCUUCCUGAACCUCUCGUCUCCAGUCACGGAGUCGGGUAGUAACCUAUCUCAGGGACAGCGACAACUGCUUUGCCUGGCUCGAGCUCUCCUCAAGAACCCCAAGGUUUUGAUGAUGGACGAAGCCACGGCAUCUAUUGACUAUAAUACAGAUUCCAAGAUCCAAGAAACGAUCCGAGAAUUAAAGAGCACCAUCAUCACUAUUGCGCAUCGCUUGCAGACGAUCGUCGAUUAUGACAAGGUGCUAGUGCUCGACAAGGGCAGCGUGGUGGAAUACGGACACCCCCACGAGCUGUUGAAGAAAGAGGGCAAAGACGCCGUCUUCAGGGGAAUGUGCGAGAUGAGCGGGGAUUUCGAAGCGCUGCAAAAAGCAGCCAAGCAAGCGUGGGAUGCGGGCAAACUUGUAGAUGAUGAGUAGAAUAGAAUUAGUAAUAUACAUACAUACGGGUCUCAGAACCCUCCCCCCUUAGGGAUCAUAUAGAUAGUAGCCGGGAGGGGGGGCGGCGUUUGGUACAAAAUACAUACAU